GCUUCCGAGCCCUUUGAGCAGGCUGCCCCCGCUCACUUCCCCCUUUGGGCGCGCCGCCGAGAGGAGGUGCUGGCGAGGCGCCUCGUGGGCGGCGUGGAGGCGCGGCUCCAGGAGAUGGUCCGCGUGCGGGAGGCGGAGCAGUCGGACUUCCUCGAGUCCCAGCGCCAACUGCGCCAGGGCCUCGAGGGCCAGGCGCCGCAGCUGGCGCGGGCCAAUCGCCGCCGGGAGGCACGCCGGGAGGUCGCGGAGGCGCGGGCGCUCCUCGCCCGGCGCGAGGCCGAGCUGGAGGCCGAGCUGGAGGAGGAGCGGCGCCGCGAGGAGGAGCUGCUGGAGCGCGCCGCCGCCUUGCAGAGGGCCGCCACGCGCAUCCAGGCCAGCCACCGGGGCAGCGUGGUGCGCAGGCAGCUGUCCACCGAGAGCGGGGCGGCGGGGCUGAAGUCCGGGCGCCAGGAGCUGCUGGAGCGAUGCGCCGAGGAGCUGGACGAGCUGCGCCGGCUGGAGGACCGGCUGGGCCUCAGGCAAGAGGAACUCCAGGAGGAGCUCGCCGACCGCGAGCGGCGCGCGGCGCAGCUGGAGGGGCGGCUAGAGAGGCUCAGCGAGGACGCCGAGGUGUCGAUGACACGGCUCGCCACGGAACACCAGGCAGCCGUCGAGACGCUGGAGCUCCACAUGCAGGAGGCGGUGAGGAUGUCCGAGGAGGAGGAGGCGGAGCAGCUGUCCCAGAUCUCUGCAGCGCGCGACGCGGCGCUGGAGCGCCACAGGCGGGCGCUGCCACAGGUCCCAGGGGCGGGCGGAGAGGCGCAGGCGGCGGCCAGGGAGGGCGCCACGGAGGCGCAGCAGGCCCGCGAGGACGCCGAGCACGUCCGCCGCGCCAGGGAGUUCGCGGGCGCGGCCUGGCUGGUGGUGUGCCGCGCCGCCUUCGACGAGGAGGCGCUGUUCGCCACCCUGUCCGACGUCCUCGAGGUGCCCCGUGGCUGCAUCCGGCUGCUCGACGCCGACGCCCCGCCGGAGGAGGAGCCGCCCUCGCGCACCGCCACGGCCUCCGCGGGCCCCGCCGCGGGCCAGCGGCUGCCCCCGCAGCAGCCCGGCGCGGCCAGAUGCGGCGCCGCGGAGGCCCCGCCGCAGGACCGGGAGCGGCCCGGAGGCCGCGCGGCGGGCGCCGCGGAGGCCCCGGCCGCGCCGCUGCGGGGCACGCGGCAGAUGCGGCGGGCCGGCAGGCCCGACGCCGUUGCAAAAGGGCAAAGGGCCGGCGAGGCCGCCCUGAACGCUAUCCACGCACGCGAGACUCUUUUUGGUUGGGCGGGGGGCUGCGGGAAUGCCUUUCGGUCCUGCCGUGUGCGGUGCAACCCGGGUCAGUUUGCGGGGGCGGCGUGCGCGGCGCCGAGCCUCGGCCGCCCUGCUCGCGCGUCUAGGCUUGGCCCCUCGCACCCCGCGUCCGCGCUCGGCGCCGAGAUCGGCCGCGACGGAGGCAAGUGCGACCUCGAGGCCCUCCGCAGCCAAGCCGACUUGUGCAUCUUUGAUCGCAGAGAGCUCCAAGGUCGCUAUUGCCCUGCGCUGCAGCGCUCCGCGGGCCCGAGCGCAUCUCGGCAGAGACCUCCGCUGGGCGAGAUCUCAUGCGGCCCCGCAGACGGCCCUGCCAAGCGAGUGAAUGCCCAAGACCAGCAGACGCUGCCCACGCGCGCGAACUUGCAUGCCAGGAGUGUCGACCUAGCCUGCCCCGCGCCGGUCAUGGAGAAUGGCGUUCGAGCCCGUCGGCAACGCAUGCGCCUCGGGCGUGCUGAUCACGUCUUCAACGCGCUGCCGGGCAAGGGACUUCGCGGCGGGCCCCCGGCGGUGGAAGCCCUCUUCCGCCCGCAGGGUCACCGCCUCCUGCUGCAGCUGCUGCGGCGGGCGCCCCAGGCGGCGAGGCCCUCGGAUCACGGCGCCCUGGCAGAGAAGGCGGGGCCAGCUGGCAGCCAUGCCGCUUCUGAAGCAGGCCCUCGGAUCGUGGCGCCCUGGCAUAGACGGCAGGGCCAGCUGGCGGCCAUGCCGCUCUGGAACGUGGCAGUCCUGGGUCCGGCAGGACUCCGGGCGGCCCACGUGGCGGUGCAGUCAGUGCGGGCGCUCCAGGCGCCGCCGGGCGCAGCCGCCGCCGGAAGGCUCGACGCCUCGCUGCGCUGCGCGGGGGCCUCGGCCCGGCGGCGGGCCUCGCGCGUGGGGUUUGCCCUCCUCUCAGCCCUCUUCGCCGCCGUGCUGGUGGGCCUGGUGCUGAACGCCAGCGUGAGCUUCGUUUCGGGCCCCACCGUGCAGCAGAGGGAGGCCCGCGUGUCCGCCAGCGUCCUCCGCAACAACCAGUUCGAGGACAUGACCGCCUACGACGCCCCGAGGCGCAAGCCGAACUUCAACGGCAUCCGCACAGGCCUCAGCGACCUUCUGAAGCCCCUCAACAGCGAGUACGGCGUGACCGAGGACAGCCCCGCCACGUACGUUGUCCUUGUGUUCGCGAUCGUAAUGCUGUUCCUUUUCUACACGCUUCUCCUGCUGAUCAACAAUCAGUCGGUCCUGCUGCCGCCAGAGGACGAGUUCGACGAGUACGUGGCGAACUUCCUCCCGUACUUCUUCUUCGGCGAGCGGUAG